CUCCUCGUCUGUCUCUUGCGCCUGCUACCCUCUCUCGUCUCGCCACCCUCCUCCACACGUCAUCUUUCUCUUCCUUCUAUCUAUGUCACCGCGACCUUGUCUCGAGAAAUAAACCACACGCACCCGCAACAUCUCUCGUGGUAUCACGAGGCGCACCGCCAACGUCGUUGAAUCCGCAAUCACAUCGGUAUGCCCGAGUGCUGUCCCGUGUGCUUGAUCUUGUCUUCCUGCUUCCAUCUCCAUAGCAACCUUCUGAUGCCCCGUCCCCUCCUCUCACACAACCCUCCUAAACAAGACCGGACACCACCCCACUCGUCCCAUCUUCUUCCUGCAAAGAUCACGAUACCCUAGACGUUUCCCUCGUUGUCCGCUGCCGCACUCCCUCACUGCUAACCGCUUACCGACAUAUCCCUGCAUUAGUGGAAAUAGCCUAAAUCAUCCUUUGGAAUUCAUCAUGUCUGGCUUGCGAAAGAAGCAGUCGGUUAGCCUGGCCGUCUCGGCCGACAACUCCCCCUGCAAGUCUCCAAGCUCGAAGUCUGACCAGGGAGGAGGCGUCCGUCUCGACGCUGUCCUAGAUGGCCUCUCCCUUGAUGGGUCCCCUUCACGUUCGCCAACCGCGAAUAUCUAUGAGCCUCUUGGUGCCCGUAAUGGCCAUGGCUCCCCACGCUUUGGAGGACAUCGGCUCCGUGGUGCAAAGUCGCAGAACAAUAUCGGAUUUCAGGUCGGAAAGUAUGAUGACGAUAGAAAUGUCUUUGGUAUCUCGCCCAACGAAGUCCGUGGAGCUUAUACACAGGCACCCAUGACCGUUGGAUCGACCAUGCAAGCCGCGUUUCCAGUGUGUCCGGCCCGUACGCCUCUGCGUUCCCGCGCUUCUGAGCUUGGUAUCCGAUCUCAGGUCGCUGGUAUUGAUGCCCAAGCUUUUUACCCCGCGACAGCUUGUGUGUUCGUCGCGAAUCUCCCCGAGAACGUUAAAGAUUCCCGUCUCGAGGCCGAGGUGACCCGGGCCUUUAGCAAAUUCGGUAUCGUCUUCGUGAAGAUCCGGCGAGACCAGCGCAACAUGCCAUUCGCGUUUUGUCAAUUUACCAAGGACGAGGAUGCGCAUACUGCCAUGGCUCAGGGCAAAGGCAUCCUUAUUGAAGGUCGCCCUUGCCGCACGGAGAUGGUUAAAGCUAACCGGAGUUUCGUCAUAUAUGACAUCGUCGGUCACGGCGUCGAUGUCGAAGACGCACGCACUCGGAUGUCCACUUACGGACCUCUUAGCAAAUGUGAAGAGCUCCAUCCCCAACUCCAGCAGGCCUUGGGGACCCCAGGCGGUAUCUUGUUCGAGUUCGCCUCGUUCGAUCCAAACCGAGAUGUCAUCACGGCCUAUAAAUACCACCCCCAGUACCGGGUGGUCGCGUAUGACCUCAAAAAGUCCGCCCAGCCUAAGCCAGACGCCGACGAGAUCUGGCUGCAGCGGUAUGAGGUUGAUCGUCGAUCAGUCUUCAUAGGUAAUCUUCCUAUCGACGUUCCUGAUAUUGAGGACAUUUUAAAGGACGUCGCUAGCGGAGUAGGUGACGUAGAGAAAGUGCACGUCAUCCAGAAGGACGCUAAAGGAGGCCAUAACAAUCCUAUUGCGUUUGGUUUUAUCGAGUUUUCCCGCCCGGAUCUGGCGGAAUUGGCCGUCAUGCAACUGAACGGAAUGAUCUUGGAGGGAUCUUCGGUCCGAGUUGAACGCAAAGCUAGUCGCGAGUCCCAGAACAAUCGAGGCACGCCAUCCCGUAUGAUCCUUAAUGACGCCCGUAGUCCUGAGGAUUAUGAGCGUCAUCGGGUCCGAAAUAUUCCGACAGGAGACAAGGCUGCCGAGCCCAGGACUCCUGUGCGUGGACGUACAGGAGAGGAUUCACUGCCCCCGACCAGUGCGUCCAAGAGUGACGGAACGGCCGCAUCCGGUGGCCGCAGAGAUACAGCCCAGGCACAGACGUACCAUACGUAUGCGCCGUACGGAGCUCGGCCCUAUGCCAGCCCGACGUAUGUGCCACCAUAUGAUCCUCACAUCAACACAGGAGGGUUUCCGGUCACACCGCAGGGCACUCCGGGCAUGCUCAGUCCUUACGGUCCCAAUGCCUUCUACAGCACACCGUACUCGUGGAUGACGCCGUACCUUCAGGACCCAAACUUUUCGCAGGUGAACUUUUAUCACCCAUAUUCGCAUGCGUCAGAGCCCCGUUCCGUUGGAGACUUUAGUGUAACGGGCGCGUUGUCCACUCCCACCCGAGGCAGCACUCGUCAAGAUAAGCCUCGCAAUGGUGAUGAUGCCCACCAGGAGGCUUAGCUCAUGGAGUCGACUGAAGGCAUCCGCUCGUCAUCUCGCUAAUACCGAGGGUACGAUUCGUCAUCCGUCAUCCCAUUCAUCGCGAGAGGAGAGAAGAAACAACCGGACGACAAGUCUCUCUCCAUACCCGGCGGACGCUGUGGUGCUCGCAUUUGCUCCUUGUUUUGGCGUUUAGGAACCCGAAAACCAAAUCUUUUUACCCUGGCCACGACGCACCAUUAGCUACUCAUCGGCCCGAACCUUUGCUUCCCUGUUGUUAUUGUUGUUGUUGUCAUUGUUGUUCUUCCUCUGUCGUUUUCCAACUUCUCUCAUCUUCCGUACUCGGGCAGGGUCCACGAUAGUUCCACUCGGCCCGGCAUGAUGUGUGCUCUUUGGCCAAAUUGGCCCUCUUUGUACCAAGGCUUUAUUUCGUACCUUUGCUAAUCGAGACCCUAUUACCUCUACACUGUUAUCUGCAACUGGAGGGUCAGAUGGAAGGACUUCCAACCCCACUGCCAAUGAC